AUGUCUCGCAUCGACGAAAAGGCCGGCGGAUGGGAGGCGGUCCGAGAUGCCGAGGUCGACGCGGCCGUGAAUGCGCAUGACGAGGAUAGACUGCGCCGCCUUUCGGUGAUGCCGGGCGGGUUUGGGAGCCGGUCCGCUCGAUGCCGCGCCUGGCUCGAGCUCCUCCGUGUCGAAAGGCUGCAGAGUACACCCUCAUCGCCAGAAACGACACGGUUCGCGACACCCGAGACCGACGCUGAAACGGUCGUGUACACCCCCCACCAGGAUGAGGGGCAGGUGCUGCUCGACACGCGGCGGGCGUUCGUGACGUAUCCCCGGGAUAUAUCGUCCGACGCCAAGGCAGACAUGCAGGAGGAUCUGACGGCGCUGAUCUGCACCGUCCUCCAACGCCAUCCUGCGCUGAGCUACUUCCAAGGCUUCCAUGACAUCGCAACCGUGAUGUACCUCACGUUUCUCUCGAAAGUGCCUCGCCCUCGAGAAGGGGCUACAGCACAGGAUAGAGAGGAAUGGGACACGCUCGUGCGCGCCACCGAGGUGGUUGCGCUCAGCCGCACGCGCGAUGGAAUGGGCAAGGACCUCGGGCCCAUGAUGGGCAUGCUCAAGCUCCUUCGGCGUGUGCUCGCCGCAGCUGACCCAGGGCUGUACCGCAUCUCGGCAUCAAUCUCGCCGGUACCGACACUGCCGUUCUUCGCCCUCAGUUGGAUCCUGACGCUGUUCUCACACGAUGUUGAUACUCUUGCACCCGUUCAGCGCAUCUUCGACUACCUCAUCGCCCGCAACCCCAUCAGCGCAAUCUACCUCGCUGUUGCUAUCCUCAUGUCGAAGAAGCGGCAGAUGCUCAAGCUUGCUGCUGACCUCGGACCCGAAGUACGCCUUGAUCCAUCUCUCCUCCACCCGCUGUUCCAGCGACUGCCUCCGCUGUACUCGGAUACGCCGGAUGAACCCACGCCCCCGCCCGGUUUCCACGACCCUAAUGCGGAGGCGAGAGGCAAGUUCGACGAGCCAAACCCCUACACACCCAUUGCGUUGAGCGGCAUCUUCCAGCUCGCCGACAAGCUGCAGGCAAAACAUCCAUUCGAUGGGUCGCGCGUGCGCGCGCACGAAGUUUUGGGCUCUGGAAGUGUUGUGAGGACUUACGUUUUGGAGCUUGGAGAGCAACUGGACGAGCAGGCCAAGGUGGACGAAAAGGCAGCUCUGAAGGCGUGGACGCUGGCCGACGCCGAGGCAUGUAUCGACAAGGACGUGGUGCUACCAGGCGGUGACCAGCUCGACGACGAAGAGCCGGUCCCCUGGCCCGACCGGCUCGGCGGACUCGCGCGCUCCCGGCGCAUCGUCACCACCAUCACCAUCGGUGUACUACUGAUCGGCGUCGGGGCCGCGUUAUACCGCUCAACCGGGAGAUACCGCCUCGCGGCGUGGUGGACGACAUUUAUGCGGCGCGACAUCUCGUGGGCGCGUGCAUAUCUGGGCCAGUAUGUGCCGGCCCUACGUGACUUGUAG